AUGCAUGACACAUCCAAGACUGUACUCGAGGCUCUUAUGAAAAACAAUAUUUUCAUGAACAUUAAAAAGAACAAAGAGAAAGAAAUCGUCAUCCUGAGAUCCAAAGGAAAUGUUCUUAGAGCAGCUGUGAAGACCGAUUUCCCCUGCUGUCUUAUUGAAAAAGAUGAGAUCUUAAAAAUACAGUUCAUCAAUAAUGAUGGAAAUGCUUCUACUGAGCAAAAACCAACUACAGAUUAUACUUCAAACCCUGAAACCUUAGUCACGUUUUACAUUCAUACAACCGGAGGGGAGAAAAUAAAACUGUUAAUGAAAAACCGGAUUCUGAGGCUGAAUGUUGAUGAUGUUUGUGUGUAUGCUUUCAAAGAGGAGGACUGUAUAACUGCUCUUAAGCGUGAUGGACGAUUUAUUGAUUAUAUAUUCCAGAAACACUGUGCCCUCAGUGAGAUGGAUAGUGAGACAAUCUAUGAAAUGUCAAUAACUGCAGAGCAUCUUCAUCAAAAGCAUUUCCGGGUAGUUGUUCUUAGUGACCAGAAUCAGCCAGACAGUCAAGAUGAUUUGACUUUUGUCAAGACUGAACCUAAUGUAGCUUCAGAUGCUGAUGUGGCAGAAACUGCCGGUUCAAGUCAGAAUCCCAUCAACACUGAGCAAGACAAGAAACAAGAUGGAAACACAACAUCCAUGGAUCCUUCAACUAAACAGUAUGUUGCUAAACCCAAUGUAAAUUCUGAAGAGAUUCUGGGAAUUCUGCGUGAUCAGUUUCCAGAUUUACUGGAGACAUUAAAGAAGCGAGAGAAACUAAAGAACAAAUCUGAGGUCCAAAAGUUCUUCAGAGAAGAAUAUGGUAAAAGUGUUGAGAAUUUCUUGGAAGUGAAGAAAGUGAAGCAGCUUAUGAAGCUCUCUGACUCGGUGUGUCAGAUUCGAAAGGGGGGGACUCGCGAAGGAACUGGUUUCUUGCUCUUCAACAGAUUCAUCCUCACUAAUGCUCAUGUUAUUGGGAUAUUUACUGACCUUACGAAAGUUAACGCCGAACAGUUCACAGCUGUAUUUGGUUAUGAAGACCUGGAUUCAAAGGAUAGCAAGUGCAUACCAGUUAAACAACUCACAGAUUACUUUUAUGGAAAGGACGAUAAAGGAAGGCAUCUUGACUAUGCUCUUCUUGAACUUGAUGUUGAUAAAAUGGCUGAGUGUCCUAAUUUGUUUGAUAGCUACAGUCCAAACGCUCCUAUUAAAAAAGGUCAGAUCUGCAUUGUGGGACAUCCAGGUGAAGGGGUUAAGAAAAUGGACCCCUGCUUCAUCAUUGAGAGAGAGAAUCGACUAGAGGCUGCACAUAAACAUGCAUCUGAGCAUCAGCAUUUAAUUCAUGUUAUAAAUGAGAAGUGCGUGGAAGAGAAAUGGGACUUUUCAGCAUAUGAAAACCAGUUCACUUAUGACUCUUGCUUUUUUCACGGAUCUUCUGGCUCUCCAGUUUUUGAUGUAGACUGCAAUCUGAUUGGCAUCCACACUGGUGGCUAUAAGUACAAAACAAAAGGAGAUAAAACUUGGAGUGUUAUGGAAUAUGGCUUUUCCAUGCAGCCCAUCCUGGAUAACAUCAUAGCUGUGGCUAGGAUAAAAGGUUUGCUAGAUAUCAUCCGUAAUGUGUCUCAGACUGCAGAGCAACAGAAUCUGAUCGACACUGAGAUGAAAGAUGCUGAAGAGCCCGAAGAGUCUUGAAUGAAUCUGUCCACACGUCUGUGCUGCCAUGUUUUUGAGGGGGGAGGAAGUGACUGCAAAAUGUUCAACUCUGAGAGAU